GGAGGCGCGGCUUGCGCUCUGAGGAGAAGGCGGAGGAGGAUGCCCUGAAGUUAUUUAUAAUGUCGGGCCGGCCGCGGGUGACGUAGCGAGCCGUCCGGGCAGCGGGAGCAUCGGCGGUAGCCUCGUCCCCUCGUUCGCCGCGCCUGCGCCGCCAUGAAGGGAGCCGGGCCGGCGCUGCGGCGGCAGCCGGGCUCGGGCGGCGCGUGGUGAGGGCGGGCGAGCCGGCCGGAGCGCGGUGUGAGAUCUCCGAGGUCUUGGCACACACGUCGGAGGAAUAAAAUUGGUGGCUCCAGGUGGAAAUGCCGGGCUCGGUGCCUGUCUCCCUUCAAGCCUUGGGUUGAAACUGAAUAAGUAGCUUUCUCGCAAGACUCGGAGUCCUCUUGCCCCUGUUCCGGGGGGGGGGGCAAGGGGGAAACUCUUGGAAGGGAAGGAGGGGGCAUCCUCCCCAUCCGGAAAGGCCCUUGAUCAGGGCGGAGGCCAAACUGUAGGCCUUUGGCUUUCUUUCCUCCCGGGGCUCGUUCUGCAACGCCAGACCAUGCCGUGAAUAUUAUAGCAGGCCAUCCCUCUCACCAGCCCUUCCAACCGCACCUCAGGGAAUUUAACCGAGAGGGCAGCAGUGACCAGGGGACUGGCCAUGGCUGGGAGUGGAUAUACGGACCUACGAGAGAAGCUCAAAUCGAUGAUGCCUUACCGGGACGGCUACAAGAGCAGCAGCGGCAAGAGCAGGCGGGAUCCUGCCGAGUCCCCCUAUGAGCUGGGGGGGGGAGCCCCCGAACGCAAGCGCAAGCACCACCACAAUUCCGACUCGGAGCCUUCCGACUCUGAAGACCCCCCACGGGAGGAGGAAGAGGAAGAGGAGGCCCAGAAGGUCAAAAGCGGCAUCCGGCAGCUCCGCUUGUUCAGUCCUGAGGAAUGCGUCAAGAUCGAAGCACGCAUCGAUGAGGUGGUCUCCCGGGCCGAGAAGGGCCUCUAUAAAGAGCACACGGUGGACAGGGCCCCACUCCGGAACAAGUACUUCUUUGGGGAGGGCUACACCUAUGGGUCUCAGCUGCAAAGGCGAGGCCCCGGCCAGGAGCGACUGUACCCGCGGGGGCAAGUGGAUACCAUUCCUGAGUGGGUUCACGACCUGGUCAUCCGCAAGCUGGUGGAACACCGGGUCAUCCCCGAGGGCUUUGUGAACAGUGCGGUGAUCAACGACUACCAGCCGGGGGGCUGCAUCGUCUCCCACGUGGACCCCAUCCACAUCUUCGAGAGGCCGAUUGUGUCGGUGUCUUUCUUCAGUGACUCAGCACUCUGCUUCGGAUGCAAGUUCCAGUUCAAGCCCAUCAGGGUCUCCGAGCCGGUCUUCUUCCUGCCCGUGCGAAGAGGGAGUGUCACUGUACUCAGUGGCUACGCAGCUGACGAAAUCACACACUGCAUUCGACCACAGGAUAUCAAGGAGAGGAGAGCUGUGAUCAUCCUUCGGAAAACCAGAGUAGACGCCCCCCGGCUGGAGACCCGAUCGCUGAGUAGCUCUGUGUUGGUCCCUGGCUACGCUUCAGACCGCCUGUCAGGGAGCAAUCGGGACCCCAUCCUGAAGCCAAAGAGGUCCCAUCGCAAAGCAGACCCUGACGCAGCCCACCGACCUCGAAUUUUAGAGAUGGAUAAAGAGGAGAACCGGCGCUCGGUCCUCUUGCCUAAACACCGGAGGCGGAGUCAUUUCAGCUCUGAGAACUAUUGGCGAAAGUCUUACGAGUACACAGAAGACUUGGAGGAGGAGGAAGAGGAGGAGGACGACGACGAGGGGAGUCCGGCGCGGAAAGUGAAAAUGAGGCGGCAUUGAGGAAUUCUUUGACACCCACAUCCUCCUUCCCCAGUCUUAGAGGUGAUGAGACUGGCCUUCAGGCUGUGAAAUUGAAUCUUUCCCCUUGACCCUCUCUGAGUUAUUUCUCCUUUAGCUUCAAGGUUAUAUUGCCCCUUCUCUUCCUGUUUUAUCUUGAAAAAGAGCUGGAACAAAUCUGGCUUCCUCCCUCUUUUCCUUCCUUCCUUCCUUUCUCCCUCCCUCUUUCCCUCCCUCCCUCCAGCAUCCACGCUGACUAGGAUGUAUGUGGUGCCACCUGCCCGCUUUCUCGGGGCAGGUGGCCAUGCCUCAUAGCAGAGGCAGCUCUUUUUUUUUUUUUUUUUAAGAGGAAAAAAUAAAACAAAGCUCCGUGGUUCCAUCAGAGGCGUUGGGCUGGAGCAGAUUUUGAAGAUGCCAAAAAGCGAUGCGUUUUGAGUACGCUGAGGGCUGGCAGAGUUUCCUCUGCUCCGAAGCUGCUGCUGCUGCUUCCUCCGAAGGCUCCCCCCCACCCCUCGCAGCCUUUUCACACCGCCACGGACACGGCGAUGCCUCUCUCUCUCUCUCUCUCUCUCUCUUGCCCCCUCCUUGCUCCGUCUUGCACCAAAGGGCUCCCAAUGCUGACUAUUGCGAGAAUUUUUCUCCCGCAGUGUUGAAAAAGCUGCUUUCCUCCAGCAACUGGAAGUCCCGGCCAGCUCCUCUCAACAACACCGGACGGCAAAGCGUAUAGGACAUGUUGCACUUUAGUGUCAGGGUUUAUUCCCCCCCACAGCCCCUGCCCCCCCUCCCCGUUUUUGUGUGUCCUGUUUGAUGCCAUAACAUUUCCCCCGUUCCCUUCCUUGCUUGGGCUAGCAAGCACCCGUGUUUUCCUGCACUGCUGCUGCUAAGAGUUUAGUCUGUUUUCUUUCUCUGAAGGAGGUCCGGCAGUCCCACCUUGGGGCUGCUGCUGCUGGAGGGCUCUUUAAGGGAGGUGGGGGGCGCCUGGCCAGAAACCCCAGGUUCUGCUCAAGUCUUCACACUAACAGCACAGGGGGCAGGCAACGUGGGGGCUGGGAUUCCAGCAUCAGAGAGAAGCGGAAUUGUUCAUUGAGCCCAGGAGAAUGACCUGUUGAGCUGGGGGGGGGGGGGGUCUCUUCCCUGCCCUCGUGCCCAUGUUUUAGCAAAGAAUUUUUAUUAAUAUUGCUUCCGAUGCCUGAAUGCCAGCCUUAGGCUGCUGUCCUCGGUCCUUCGAACCAGAUGGUCAGUUAUUAGAAAGCAUUGAUAUUUCAGAGGUAGAGGGGCUGUUGGUGGAGCUGUUCUCGGCUCUUGGUCCCGUUAGGUCUGGAGUGUCUGCCCUUGGCACCCCUGAGACUCCUGGACUUCAACUCCCAGGAUUCCCCAACCAGCCAUGCUGGGAGUUGAAGUCCACAGGUCUUAAAGUUGCCACGGUUGGACACCCGUGUAUUAAGUGGAGCCGUUUCGUAGUGAGCAGGGCUGGAGCUGCCAAGUUGGCACCACAUGGGAAACAGGAAGGUGGUUCUGCCCCAGGCAGGAGAGGAGGUUAGGUGACAUCAUCAGUCCUGUUCUCUGCCCUCUCUGAGGCGUCUCGCCAGUAAUCCCCACGUCUCAGCCUGCCAACCCCACCUCCCCUGUCCACCUUCCGUGAUCUUACGGCCUGUUCUACCUGCAUGACAAGGUAAUGUCAGCGCCAAACAUUGGGCCUCGUGUAGCCUCAGAAAACCCCCAGUUUUACUCUGGGGGUGGAGAUACCAUUUCUCCUGUGGCUUUGAUCUGAAUGCCUGCUGAUAAAGAUGACUCUUUGAGUUGUGAGAAGGUGGUUCUUUUCUGGGACGCCUGGCUUCCUGCCUUCUGGAGCAGAGAGCAGAGUUUGUCUCACUGGCGCUUGGUUACAGCGUGGCACCACGGGGGGCUUUAAAGCAGGCUGUGCCUCUCCUUUCGUUGAUUGUGCGGCUGCAGCUAUUGGCUGGGGAGUUGAGAAAAUGGUUGGGAGAAGGGAUCCCUCUUUCUCGUCUCGCGUACCUGCGUAGGUGAGUGAAGCAGAAGAGCUAACGCAGUGUUUCUCAACCUCAGCCACUUGAAGAUGUGUGGACUUCUGGCUGGCUGGGGAAUUCUGGGAGCUGAAGUCCACACAUCUUCAAGCGGCCAUGGUGAAGAGCAUCGUCCUAACAUCGCUGGCAGGUCCCAAAAGAGCCUGAUCAGCAGCUUAUGGGAGGCGUAGGAUUUGGUAUCUCGGAAUACAUCCAGCUAUUUCUGCUUUGCUAUUUGCAGAGAGUGGCCAGUUUGGAGUUUUGACUAAACCAAGACGGGCAGUUCGGCCUUCCGGUGUUUUUAGGAAAAGUGGCCAUUGUGUGUCUUUGUCCAGCAGCCUAGCCUAGCUCAGCCUCUCCCGGCAGGAAAUCCCAGGACCUUGAGCAAAAGCGAAAUCUUCCAUGCUGGGGAUGGGCUGGCUCGGUGGGAAGGUCGGCCGCACCUGUGUCCCGUUUUUAGUUUUUAAUGUUUGGCUUGAGGGUUGUUUCUCACGGCCAGGGCAAGGUCAGCCUUUGAUGAGAAAGCAGAAGGAGCUUGUUAGCUAGCCUGCUGCUUUAUUUUUAUUUGGUUUUAUUUUAUUUCUUUCUGCCUCCCCCUGAAGCCUUUCCUGCCAGGAGGGGGGAAAAAAUGCGUAGGUGGCUUCUCCGAGCAUCUGGCCGACUCUGAUAGACCCGUGGCCUUAUCUGGUCCUUGCACCUGUUUCGGUGCUGGUUGCAUCUCUCCGGGAACUCCACCAACACCGCAGUGGCCGACAUCUGCGUCCCCCAAGGCUUGAUAUUCUUGGAACAGCAUGCAGAAAGUUGAACAGGAGGGGGUCUCCACGCAUGCUCUUUCCUUUCCCUAUAGAUCUCCCCCCCACCUCCCCUUUGUUGGUUGACUGGGUUGUCAGAGGCUGAUGUUUCAAGGGAACACUCCGUUGUGUGAGUUGGAAGACCUUCGAAGGAGAACCGAAAUCCUUCUUUUAGUGCUGUUAGUGUGAGGUUUCAGAGAGGCCUCCCCGGAAAAGUAUCUUGCCUUAGCCUGUCAAUCAUACCCAAACUGUUGCUAAAAUCUGGAAUUGGCACAACUGGGAUCUCUUUUCCAGCAGAUUAUAGCUGGUUUAGCUUUUCCCAGGGGUGUCGAACCUGCUAAGACUUUUUAUUUUGCUUUAAAAUGCACCUGGGUUUUCUCUCCUAGCACCACCCGUUUCCUUCCAAGCACACACUUUAAAAUAAAGUUCUGGCUGACUUUUUGUGUUUUUUAAAUAAAUAAAAAAAAAUCUAAUUGUUUUGUUACAAAUAAAAUAAGUGGCAAUAUUUUUUUCGGUAAAUUUUUCAUAGGAAAAAAGUGUGAUUUGUAAACAAAUUGUACAGUUCUGAAGUUUGGGAUACAUAAAAUAACUGUACUGAGUGGCACGCUGUAAAUGGGGUGGGGGGGAGAGAUUAUUUUCCGUACAGUGUAUUUGGGGAGAAAUCUUUUAAUUCGGGUUGAUUUAGGAAGAAAUAUAGUUCCCUGUCAAGGGUUUGAAUUUUUUUUUUCUUGUAUAGAAUGCUGCAUUUAACUAAAUAAAAGCUGAAAGCAUCACUUGAUUGA